AUGCGGCCUGACCGCGCAAAGGAGACGAACAUGGCCACCGUGAAAGUUGAUUCCAAGAAUUUCAAGGCCGAAGUGCUGGACAGUGCCACGCCGGUCGUUGUUGAUCUGUGGGCCGAAUGGUGCGGCCCUUGCAAAAUGAUCGGCCCGUCGCUGGAAGAGCUGUCAAACGAAUUCGCAGGCCAGGUGAAGAUCGCCAAGAUCAACAUCGAUGAAAACCCGGAUAUUGCCACCCAGCUCGGUGUGCGUUCGAUCCCGACACUUUUGAUGUUCAAGGGCGGCAAGCCGGUCGACAUGAAGGUUGGAGCCGCACCGAAAACCGUACUGUCGGGCUGGAUCAAGGGCGCUGCUGUCGCCUGA